GUCAAGCCGAAUCCUGAGGUCCAGCACGUGCGAUGAGACUCACACCUUCCGGCCUUUCUCCUCCAGAGCGGCGGCGCCCGCACGACCGUUACUCAGAGACUGACCUUUAAGACGGAGAAACGCGGGGUCACUACACGCAGUGAUGGCAUCCAGACUCGAGUGCAAAUGCCCUUUGACCACGGCUACAACCUCGGAAGCGAAAGUGAUGUGCGAGCUCGUGCACAGCGCGCGCUGGACCAGCUGUGCUCCGUCACCGAGGAUGGUGUGCACGCCGAAGUGCCUCGAAUGUUCUCGCAGCUCGUCGGAAUCGUGAAGAAGAUGGACAUCAGUGACAUCCGAGACAUUUACAACCAGCUGAAGAGCAAAGUCAUCUGCAGCAGCAACAACCAGCGAACUCUGAAGUUCUUCACUGACACCUUGCCCAUGGCCGGCACCAGCCAGUCGGUAGCCAUGAUGAAAGAAUUAAUGAUUCGUGGCGAUGUUACUGGCAAUGAAGUCAGUCUGUGGCUCAUGUUGCUGGCCUUCAUCAAGGAACCAACAUCCGACAUGCUCACUUCCGUCAAGGAGCUCCUGAGUGCUGACGCCCUGAAACAGCGAGCCAUGCUGCCAGUGUCAGCUCUUGUCAACAACUACUGCAAAUCAAACGACGACUGCGACACCAACUUCGGCGUCACCGCCAUCAUCGCAGCCCUCGAGAAGGACAUCGGCAGCAGCUGCUACGUCAACGAUAACACCAUCAAGACCGUCCUGGUGGCCCUGAGUGCUCUGGGCAAUACUGGUCACAGCCGUGCCACCUCCAUCGUCACCCGCUGUCUGUCUGAUCGAGUCCCCAUGGAGGUGCGAGUGGCAGCCGCCAGGUCCUUCCGCCGCAUGCCAUGUGACAGUGAUAGAAGCAAGCUGAUGGACAUCUUGAAGGAUGGAAGUGAGGAUGCUGAACUCCGCACUGCGGCUUACCUGCAACUGAUGACGUGUGCAACUCCUGACAUUCUGAAUCAGAUCCAAACUGUCAUCGAAGGGGAGCCUGAUAAGUCUCAGCUCGGGUCCUUUGUCCUCACACACCUUCACAACCUGCAGGAAACAUCAAGCCCAUUGAAACAAAGCAUCAAAGAGAUGGUCAAGAACGUUCGAAUCAACAAGGAAUUUGACCUGAACCCCGUCAAGUUUUCUCGCAACUAUGAGAAGUCUGCCUUCCUCAAGCUGAUAAACACAGGUGCCCAGGCCGAAUCCAACCUGAUCUGGUCUUCGCAAUCAUCCCUCCCCCGUUCAUUGAGCGCCAACUUAAGUGUGGAACUGUUCGGACAUUCAGUCAACCUCCUGGAGGUCGGUGGCCGCAUUGAGGGUCUAGAGUACCUCAUGGAAACCCUCCUGAGUCCCUACACUUUCCUCGGCGAGAAAAAGGCAAGCUCCUCAGAGAAGCAGGCCAGACUUGACGAACUCAAAGGGUCAAUCUACGCAAGUGUGUUCGGCAAUGAGCUGUUGUCCAGUCGCUUCCAAGGCAUCAACUCGCUCGUCUCCGGCAAAACAUUCAACGUGCUAGACUUCCUGAUCAAACUGUCCAAGGACCAUGAUUUCAGCUUCACCCAGAGCCUGCAACUCUUGGACAGCAGCAUGACAGUGCCCACCGCCAGUGGUCUGCCCCUGACUCUGUCCAUCAACGCUACCGCCACCGUCGAUGUCCGCGCUGUCGGCAAGAUGGACCUGCGCAAGGUGUCCAGCAGCCCCAGAAGCCUGCAGAUUGAUGGAGAACUGCGCCCCAGUGGCGCCGUGAGUGUCGAUGGAGUGAUGUCCCUUGAUGCCAAAGUCACUCGCACAGCCCUCAAGGUCAGCGGCACCCUUCACUCCAGUCUGGCUCUCAAGGGUCGGGUGGAGCUGGAGAGAGGCAAGGUCCUCAACGUCCAGAUCGACAUGCCUGACGACAAGCUCGACAUCAUCGACAUCAGAUCUCAGUUCUUCAUCAUUCGCAAUGGCGAGGAGCGAGAACAGAAGAUGGUGACGGAGAACCGUAAAGAGUUCAAGGUGUGCUCAGGUGACACCCUGGCCCGUUUCAGCGGCCUGGAGCUGUGUGGUGAGCUGCAGUUCCCCAAUGCCUCCCUCAAGACUACAGGACCUUUCUUCCCCUUCACCGGCCCUUCAGCCUUCAGCAUCGUCCUGUACAAGAAAGACACCCACACCGGCUACAAGCUGCUGGCCAAGCGUGUUGAGAAUCAACGUUCCAGCGUCGCUCAACUGUCGUUCGACACCCCUGGCUCCACCGUUGUGCGCGCAGUUUCCUUCGACUUUAUGAUUAACUACGACCAGAAGGAAGUGGAAAUCUCCAUGGCUUCUCCUUGGAAAAAAGUCUCUUUGAAUGUCCCAUUCGUCUCAGGUGGCGUGGUGAACGACGCUGGGCUCAAGAGCCUGACGGGCACCAUCACUGUGGACGACAGCAGCAUCUACUCCAUCACCUCCGAGGUUAAAGUGGAAAACAAAGACAGCUUGAUCGAAUACACUCCCGUGCUUGAAAUCGUUCGUCCUGAAGCCGACACAAUAGCCCUCCGAGGUACCGUGCAGCUGGAUGUCAAGGGUCGCUCUCUGAACUCUGACCUCACCUUAACAGGCGUCACCGCUACACCCCUCCAGCUUCAAGGCACCUACACUAACACGGAUGCAGAGAAAAGCGUUCGGGGUACCUUCAUCAACGGCAAGAAGCAGUAUUCCCUAAACAUCGGCACCACCAUGGACAUCAAGACUCCCAGGAAAGGACCAGUAAGCUUUGAGGUUAGCCCUGUCAUCACCAUCACUAUCCCCGGCGCACAGCUGGUGUCUUUCGUCGGCAACGCUGCGUAUAGAGAGGACAGAAGUCUGCUCGCGGAAUUCUCUCUGGACAUCCCCAGUCUCAUGGACAAAGCCAGCUUCAAAUGUAACAUUGAGAAGAAAGGACGGAAGAGUGGUCCCCGCUACGAUGCUGAAAUUCGCUUCAAGUCACGACCUUUCACCGGGAAGCUGGAAGGCCAGAUAGUCGCUCGUGACGGCCUUGUGACAUCAAAGGUCACGGUCGACUACAGCAUCCAACGCGUGGGAGCCGACAAGCUGAGCAUCAACAGCAAAUUCAGUGAUAAGAGCACUAGUGCUUACAGAAAGUACACCUUGUCCACAAACUUGGACUUCAAGCAAAAUCCUGACUGGAAUGUGGACGUGAACGUAGAUGUCAACCACAAGAAGAAGCACAGCGGAGGUGAGCUGAAGAUCGUGUACGGAAAAGAUGUCAAAGACAAGACCAAAGAGAUGACCUUUUCUGCUUCACUUGACCGCAAGUUCACAUCGCUGGAGAAGAUGGACAUCGAGUACAAGGUCACGGCCACCGUGCCCACAUUGCUGAAAUGGGUGGGUGAGGCUAGUCUCAAAUACCCUGGACAGGAAUACGGCCUGGAAACCUCCAUUAAAGAGAAAAGCGGUCGGCAGUUUGUCUACACGAUGGCAAUGAAAAGGAAAGGCCAGCAGAUCCUUUCAACAACUUCGAGCUACAAAGCCUCGGGUAGCGGCGAGUACGAGAUCACAUCAGAAAUCGAAGCAGAAGGUUACAAGCGCGUCCAGCUCACCGGAUCCGCCAACACAGACAGAGAGAACCUUCAGUUGAGCUCGAAACUGCUGUUUGGCAAAGACACCUACGGCCUGUCAGGUCUUUCCAAGAUCUCUCAAGGACCCCGGGGUAAAUGGAAUGUAGACCUCAUCUACCCGACUCGUCACAUUGUACUCAACGCAGAAGGUGGUCGUAAACGCAACACAUUCGAAACAGACUUCGAGGUUGCCUGGGACAAAGACAAAGAUGAGUCAGCUAAGGUUUCCCUCCAAGCCAGCGGCACCUUCAAGAGCUCUCGUGACGUCACAAGUACAAGUGGCAAGCUCACUUUGACCACUCCCUUCAAGCCUGUGAACUCUCUUACCAUCAGCAUGGCCUACGAUGACGAUGCCCAGCACUACGGCCUCAACGGCAAAAUGACGCUCGGUGACAAAUCGCAGCAAAUCUCCUCCAGCCUCAGCCUUUCCAAGCCCUUGUCCUUGCGCAACCUGCAGAUGACUUGGGAAGCGGAGACUCCCUUCCAGGGUCUGAACCGUAUGGACGCCUCCGUUGCUCACUCCAUCGAUGCUGCUGCCGUUAACACCCUCGUCAAGGUCUCCAAGGGACAGAAGAGCAUGGAGUUGUCCGUCAAGGCCUUGAACGGCGAUGUGACCUUCGCCAGCAGAAGCCUCAAGAGUGAUGUCACGUUCAAAUCGUCUCUCGGAAUCGUUGAGGAUAUCAGCCUCUCACUUUCCCAUGAAGACGAUGGCGCCAUCUACAAAUGCACCGGUGCUUUCACUCGUAAAGGAGACAGGUACCAGGCUCAGCUCGACAUGAACCACAACCUUCAAGGCUGGCAACUGCGUAACAAGGGGAAACUAGUCCUCAGCACGCCUGACAACGCCAUCACCACGACCUGGGAGCACUCCAAUGGCCUCAACGACAUCACGUGCUCGCUGACAUCUUCUUGGGGUAGUGGUCGCGAACUGAAGGUGGAUCUGAGUGGCAGCUACGAGAAUAUUGGCACUACAGUUACUGGAUCUUUAAAUGUGCUCUCUCCAUGGAGUGCAGUGCGUGACCUCAGCGUUACCUUGUCGCACGAUUCGAUAUCCAGUAGAUGUACUCACAACUCUGCCGUAGUUCUUAAUGGCCAGAAAAAGGCGUCCGUCACCUACACAUUCAGAUCCGAUGCCAAGGCCCUCAAUUCUGACUUUGCUCUGACCUGGCCCUGGACAGAGGACAUCACCGUUAAAGUCAGCAGCAAGCACGCCCAAUACCCAUAUACAGCGUCAGCUCAGGUACAGUGGAGCCCACGAAGCAUGGUCACAGUCGAUGCUUCUAUUUCCAGCAACGAUUUAACCGAUAUCGAGGGGUAUGCUCGCUUCACCUCUCCUUUCCAGGUUGUCAGGAGCGUCAUGAUGAAGGCUUCACACAAACAGAGCGGCGACGAUGCCACAUCGAAGAUAAAUAUCGAUUACGGCGUGCGGCAGACUGUCAACUUUGAACUACGAGUUCGCCCUCAGACCCUGACCCUGGCUCGCGCCACGCUGAAACUGCCAUGGGACAAGGUAUCCAUGGUCGAUGCCGGCUACAGCUUUUCAGGAAGUAGCAAAAACUUCGACUCCAGCGCCGACUUUACCGUGCAGCCCCUCCUGGGCAAGUACAGCGCCUCCCUCCUUCUGAAUGUAGUGGCAGACUACAUGGGCAAGAUGCGAAUCGCCACACCACACAGACAGCUGCCAUACGCACAACUGACUGUCACGAGCAGGAAGAACAACAUCGGGCGUGUCAACAACAUCGAAGCUGAGAUCGCUCCCAGACAAAUCUAUUCCCUGAACACUGUUUACUCGUUUGCCAAACCCAUCAUCUUUUCAGCUAACGUGGAGACCCCGUUGGAAAGCUACCGUAAAUUCGCUGUCUCCAUGAAACACACACAGGAAGACUCCGGAAUCCAGACGCAGGCUGAGGUGCAUUACCCUCCCGAGCAGAACUUGGAAGGUAGUUUCACCAUGGACUGGUCCACUGGCUUCCAAGGAUCCUUGCAGCUGAAGACACCCUUUGACCAGUACAGGGACAACCACAUUUCCGUGCGACAUGAUGGGGACUGGACUGCCUUUAACAGCCAUGCCGAGGUAGACGUCGCUAGCCAACGGGCAUCCGCCGACGCUCAGUUUCAAGUAAGCACCUACAGCACAGAUGGCAAGCUGGUCCUCAACGUUCCUGCUGGGCUUGACCUCAUCGAAGUUAAAGUCAACAAGAAAGGUUAUAUAGACGACUUCAAGAGCUCGGCUUCUCUAUCCUACGGCAGCAAAAAGUUGGAAGGCAAGCUCAAUCAUAAAUUGAAUUCUCGCUCUCUGAAGACGACUGGCUCCUUCACGUCACCUUUCACCGAAAAUGUCGAUGUGUCUGUAGAAUACAAAGCCAGGAACCCAUUCACGACCUCAUUCAGCGCCAGUUACGGUCCCAGCUACAGCAUCGCCAGCGACUCCAGUCUGGAUCUGGCCCAGAGAGAUGUAACCGCCUCCAGCACCCUCAAGUACAAACUAGGGUCGAGCGAAAAGGUCAUCACGACAUCUGUGAGCAAGAAAGGAGAAUGGCAGGACGUCAGUCUUUCUGCUUCUUUGACAUCGCCUUUCACCGAAGACAUCUCCUUGCAGAUGGACCACAACUGCCAGCUGCCCACCUCUUUGAGAAACACCCUGCGUGGAAACUACGGCACUCAGUACAGCGUCCUGAGCGAGAACACCUACAGCUACCAAACGGCCGACCUUAGUGCUUCCACCUCCGUCAAACUGAUGGUUGACGGCCUCGCCAAGGAUCUUGGGGCGUCUCUAAGCUUGCGCGGUGAUGUCACCAAUGCCAACCUGAAUGCCCGCGCCAGUUACAAUGACCAGGCGGUUGACCUUACUGGACAGCUAGACACACGAUCAGGUGUCACUGCCAGAGUCAGAGCCUCUACACCUUUCACGACCUUUGAAGACGUUGGAGCUUCCUUGAGUUACUCAGGAGUGAUGACAAAUUUCGUCACCAAGGGCUCCUUGCAAUACAAGACAGGCAUGAAGAUUGAGCACUCGAUAACUUUCAAAGCCCAAGACUUCAACGUCGAUCUGGAUGCUUCCUUUACAUCUCCUAUCCCUAACAUGGAGCGAAUAAUCACCAAGUUGCAGAACAGCUACAGAGAGCAACCCCUUCGCCUCUCCGGUUCUGCUCAGCUAACACACGCAUGGGGCACCGAGACUGUCACUUACACAAUGACCCAAGAUGACGGCCAGCUUAACGGAAAUACGAUGGUACAGAUCAACGGCCAGAAGUUCGAAGCAGCUGUAGCGCGAAUCCUACUUACUGGUGGAUACAGGCACGCGAUGACCCUAAAAGGACCCCGUCUUGACCUGGGCGCGUCUGCUGAGUACAGCAAAUCGGUAGAGAAGCUGCUCGGAAAGUCCACAUUCUCCUGGAACUCUGCCUCCUUCACGGCCGAAGGUGUCUCUUCGACAAUUGACGACAGCACUGAGCUGGGUGGCAAGGUCAUCAUCGACACACCAAACUACCAGAAGGUCACCGACCUAACGCUGAAGACUAAAGGCGAUCUCAACGACCUCUCCGUCGAUUUGAUCGGAAACUAUGGCGCCGACCAGGCCUCUGCAGCCGUGGUUUUCAAGAACAACCCUAGCGAACUCUCUGGAAGCGUCAAGAUCACCACACCUUUAGAUGAGUUCACAAGCGUAGGGGCUUCUUUCAAGCAUUCUGGAGACACAAGCCGCUUCAGUACCGAAGGGUCUGUCACUUACAUGGAUUCUCAAACCGUUUCCUCCAAAGUCACUUUCUACCGUUACAACUGGCGCCGUAUCGAAGCAACAGCACAGCUGAAUACUCCCUACCAAGGAUUCGAGACAGUCAAAGCCGAAUACCGUCAUUCAGGCUCAAACGAUAGGUACACCUGUUCUUCUUCUCUCGAGUAUGGCAGCUCCAAGAUUUCCGCAGACCUUAGAGCCGAAACGAGCCCCAAGUAUGCCGUUGCACUUACUCUUAAAUCUCCAUAACGCUAUGAGAGCAUGGUCGCUGAAGGAUCUCUAGAAUCGCUGGAGAAAGUGCACAAGCUGAGCAGCUCUCUUGAUUUUGGUCGAGGUCGCUACUCAUUGCUCGGCAGCGUGGACAUGACCUCAUCACCGAUGACCCUGACAGGCAAACUAGCUACCCCCUUCAAACCAGCAAAGAACGUGGAGAUGACACUAACCCAUCAGGGCGAGCUGGACGACUUCACCACCAGCGCCGUCUUCAACUCUCCUGUGACUGAUGCCAUCCGCGGAGAGGUUGCCCUGAAGUACACUUCUCCUUUCGAUGUCAACGCCGCUGCCUCUCUCACCAGCAAGAUUAGUGGCAUGGAAGAUAUGAGGGUCGAGGUGAAGAACACAGAAAGUGGACAGAAGACGGGUCACGUGAUGGUACGCUGGGCGCCAGAGCAGCAGGUCGUGGUAGACGGCAUGUUCUCUUCCAAGGACUACUGGUACAACAAAGAGGUCAGCGCCGAAGUCGCCAUCGUGACACCAUUCGAGAAACUUCGCUCAGGCAAAGUCCGAGUAGAACACAGCCAGACCGACAAGAAGUACGUGCCCAAGGUCGAGGUCAGCCUGAACGGCAACACCCUGCUCGAUGCCGAUGCUGAGUUACUGUUGGCCGACAAUCCUUCCUCCGCCAUCACCGUCAGAAAGCCACAGCCCAUGCAGGUGACCGCGGCGAUGACCAGCGACAAUGAGAAGCGUAUUGGCGAUGUGUUCGUCAACUGGAAUCGCAACGAUGUCAACCAGAACAUUCGUUUCAAAACCUCGGCCAAGAACGUUAAGACAGGAUAUGGACGAGAUGUGGAAUACACUUUCAAGGUUAUUCACCCACUACGCACCCUGGGUGCUAGCAUGUCAGCAGUGGCAGAGGAUAGAAAAGUAAGCAGCCAGGGGUAUCUGUCAUGGGACGAGGCUGCCAACCAGAAAGUCUUCUACGACUCCAGGUUUCAGACGAUAGCCAGAACUUCCGUAGGAUAUAUAUAUAUAUUCGAAUAUGUCUACGAUGCUAACAUGAAGGUAGGCGUGCCAACCAGGACCCUCGAGGCAACAGGUCAGUACACUGACAACCACGGCACCAGCACUUUGGACACCACCUUCGCCUGGGAUGCGGACCGCGAUACCACAAAGCAAAUCGGCUUCACGGCAAAGGUCACUUCCGGCAGCAAAACGAAGGCUGACCUCCUCUUCCGUCUUCCAGCUAUUGGCAAGGAAGUGCGCAUUGACAGUGAGGUGGCUGUGAACCAAGGCCGUACUGUCUGGGAUGGAAAGACCGCUGUAUCCUACUCCACAGAUUCUCGUAAAACUCUGACCCUUUCUUCCUCUCUCAAAGACGUCUCGGACAGCUACAGUGGCUCGAACUACAGCCUGGCUUUGGCCAUCAUGCACCCGUACACUGACGUGGACCUGAGCUUGACCUCACAUUUGGGUUCAACCGAUGACCGUUAUUCGGCUUCUGUGGACACCUGGUAUCUGACGUCACGUCGGGAGCGGAAAAACAUGGCGCUCCGUGGAGAAAUCGAUCGUCUGCGACGCCUGAUCAACCUGCAGCUCGUUAGUCCACUGAAGAAAGUCUUCGUUCAAGGAGAGGUUACAUCCGUGGACCCCUACAUCAUCAGGCUUGCUAACCGUUAUGAUGACAACGAUGUCAUUCAGUCUGACAUCACUGUUGACGCUGGCAAACGUUCCAUAGUAUUCCAGACCAGCUACGAUAUUGACAAUCCAGACAACAAGCUGGUGCUGAAGGCUGGCUACGUGAACGACUCUGCAAUCAGUGCUGAGUUGUACCGACAACAGUCCUAUCAAAAAAUCUCCGACAGCCUUUUCGCCAUGCGCCUCAACACCUCCACACUGCUCCACACUCGCUUUGCCUGGAGACCACAAACACUUGCAGAUUUCCAGGAUUAUUCUCGCACCAAGGCUGGUAGAUACACCUCGGCAAUCAAGACGGCUUUGCGUGAAGCCUAUGAUGGAGUAGGAGAGGAGAUUGGUGCCAAGUAUUCAGCCAUCACCAACGAGAUGACCUCUGAGUUCCAGCCUUUGCUGGACUUACUGGAGGGCGAACUUGUACGCCUGGCUCAGCAGCUGGAAAAACUUCGUGUUGACAUGAAGCGGAAGUACGAUCGUAACGACUUUUACCUCAAGAAUAUGGGCGACCAGGUCAAGAAGACAUACUCCUGGACAAGGGAUUUCCUAGGCGACCUGAGUGCCCAGUAUGAAACAGGUUACAUCUCCCUGGUGAAGUCUCUGAGAGACCAGCUGCAGGCUGUCCGCAGCUUCCCCAUUCGCCAGAAAUACCAGGAAGCUCUGCAGAGCCUCGUCACUUCCAUUGAGGGUCAGCUUGAUGUAAACUUCAAAACAUUCAGCGAAGGCGUCGGUCUGAUCGACGACUACCUGCAGCAGCUGAAAGAUGGCGCUCAAAGCACGUGGGACAGCGUCAAGGUCCACCCGCGCGUCCAGAUGGUCAACAGCCGCGUACGCCAGCUCGGCGAUGACUACAUGCAGGUGCUUGGUAACCUUGGUAACCGACUUCCAUCGAUAAACAUUCCUGAAGAGUACACCGCUGUCAUCUACGACGUUCGCGACAAAGUCAACGGAAGCAUGCAGGGUCUGUUCCAAAGACCGGAAUUUCAGACAGCGAAAACCGUUGCCAACGAGGUGUAUCAACAGGGUGUGUGGGCCUACGGAUACUGGCAGGUUGAAGAGAACAUCAAGCAGAGUGUGAGGAAUAUCGCCAAACUGUUAUAUCAACUGGCAGAAGAGGAACUGGAGGAGCUCAAGCCAGCUCGAAGGCUGCUCAAAAACAGUCACGUGACGGUCUACGACCCUGAAAAUGGCGAGAUCCAAGUAGAACUCAAGCUGCCUGUCCAGCUCAAGUCUCUGUCAGAACUGCCAGACGUCCAGCCAUACCUGCAAGAGGUUCAAGAGAGUGUCCAGGCCUAUAUUCCUGACAAAUCCACAGUUCUAAGCUACAUCAACAAAUACACACCAUCAACUUUAUGGUUCACAAGCAGUGCAUCGGGCAUUGAUGAUCUUCGGCAGCAGCUUGAGGCUUUCCAACCAACUGUUUCAAGGAUCAGACCCAAGUCUUCCCGACGUGUUACCUCCUAAAAUGCUGUCUUCACCUUCACUGUUUCCCAAGCCCCAAUCCCCAAACAUUCCACACCUGCUUUCCCAAGCUACCCCUCUCCAUGUUCCAUUCAGUCAUGAUGUGACGACGACCAUGCAACGACCACGGCCCUUCUGAUAAAAAAGACACUUAUAAUUCUCUUAAUUGAUUUAGCUAUUUAUGUCUAUGUUCUAUUUAUAUUUAUUCUAUGUUUUAACUUAUACUUUAUAUUUUUAUACUUUCACAGAACACUGUCUUCUUAAUCAAUGAUAAAUAAAUCUAAAGCAUAAA